AUGAGCUGUGAAGGAGAAGUCCCGUCGCUGAUUGAGUGGGACGCAGACUUCAGCUUCGUUGACCCGAAUUGGGACACUCAAACCGACGCCGCGUUCCGCUGGACUGACGCAGCCAUCGGGCUUAUUCCUAACGCCAACUCGUCACUUUUUGCUAUAAUGGGUAACGAACAAUCAGCCGCCGGAUCUUCACAAUCUACUUCAUUUUCUUUCUUAUCCAAUAGAGCUAGCGUCAAGAAGCCGGGCGGUAUCGUCAGGGUCUCCGACGGUCAAAUCAAGCAAAUCGACCCUCGCGAGGAUGCGGAUUAUAAACGUUUAAUGGAUAUACCUCGAUUUCUACCAAUUCUACGAACCGCGGUGCCGGCCGGCCGUCAAGCUGUGCCCAACGAAAACUUGGAUCGUUUAUCGCACAGACCAAUCUGGCGACUUUCCGUGCGACUCCAAUCCCAUCUUCACACCCAAGCCCAGACUAUAUGCCUUCAACAAGCAAAAAUUACUCAGGGAAUCAAGACGGCCGACGUGGCCUCCGCUACCAUUGCUGCAAAGCUUGUCGAGCGGAAGAAAAAGUACGACCGGCUCAGGGCUUCUCUCGCCCAGGUCACGCAACUCAGGGACGAGGUUGUUAGGAUCCAGAUUCUACUCGAGGAAAUUGUGCCCUGCGUCGAGACGGUCAACGAGCUGCUGACGCCAGCGAAUCGGUUGCCUCCACUGGAUCUGAAGAAAAUAUUCGCGGACACGGGCUCCUCCACCGGUCCCUACAUGAUCACCCCGAUCGAGGAGACGCGCGUCGUCGACCAGGAU